UGUCUGUUUUUCUUUUUAGGGCUCAUGUAAUCAAAGAAGUUUCUUUGUUGUGUGUAUCUUUUCAGAACACAACAGGAAUUCAAAAUGAACCAGAACGCUUCCGAGCCUGUUGCAGCCACUGAGACCCUGGCUGAGGUACCUGAACAUGUGCUUCGUGGACUUCCAGAGGAAGUGAGGCUUUUCCCAUCUGCAGUCGAUAAGACUCGGAUUGGUGUCUGGGCCACUAAACCAAUUUUAAAAGGCAAAAAGUUUGGGCCAUUUGUUGGUGAUAAGAAAAAAAGAUCUCAGGUUAAGAAUAAUGUUUACAUGUGGGAGGUGUAUUACCCCAAUUUGGGGUGGAUGUGCAUUGAUGCCACUGACCCAGAGAAAGGGAACUGGCUGCGCUAUGUGAACUGGGCUUGUUCGGGAGAAGAACAGAAUCUGUUUCCACUGGAAAUCAACAGGGCCAUUUACUAUAAAACCUUAAAGCCAAUCGCGCCGGGCGAGGAGCUCCUGGUCUGGUACAAUGGGGAAGACAACCCUGAGAUAGCAGCUGCGAUUGAGGAAGAGCGAGCCAGCGCCCGGAGCAAGCGGAGCUCCCCGAAGAGCAGGAAAGGAAAGAAGAAAUCCCAGGAAAAUAAAAGCAAAGGAAACAAAACUGAAGAUACACAACUGAAGACAAGUGAGCCAGAUUCUACCUCUGCAAAUAUGAGAGAUUCUGCAGAAGGUCCUAAGGAAGAGGAUGAGAAGCCGGCGGCAUCAGCAGCUGGGCACACGGUGCUUGCUCAGGAGGUGAUUGACCAGGAUGUGCUGCCAGCCCCAGUUCCGCUGCCUCCUGCCUGUGAGCCCCAGACCAAACCAGAGGAGAAACUACAAACAACAAGCUGCGAGGUGAAUGACCUAGAGGAAGAGGAAGAAGAGGAGGGGGAGGAGGAAGAAGAGGAGGAGGAAGAUGACGAGCUGGAAGAAGAGGGGGAAGAAGAAGUUGACUUGCAACUUGAUAGCUGCGUGAAAGAGCCAGAAAUACGCUGUGAUGAAAAGCUAGAAGACUUAUUAGAGGAACCAAAAGAUAGUUCAAAAGAAACUCUUGAAGAUUGCUCAGAGGUAACAUCUGUCAACAAAGUGCCUCAAAGUAAAGAAGAGGCCAACGGUGCCAUGUUUGAAACAUAUCUGUUUCCAUGCCAGCACUGUGAAAGGAAGUUCACCACCAAACAGGGGCUUGAGCGCCACAUGCACAUCCACAUAUCCACGGUCAACCACGCUUUCAAAUGCAAGUACUGUGGCAAAGCAUUUGGCACACAGAUCAACAGGAGGAGGCAUGAGCGUCGUCACGAGGCAGGGUUAAAGCGAAAGCCCAGCCUAACACUACCACCCUCAGAAGAGCCAGCUGAUGGUAAAGUUCCCGGAGACAGUGUCACUCCCCAAGAUGACUUGAAUCCUCCUAACCUUGGGCAAGACGGUCUGAUUCCGAGUUCCGAGAAAGCGUCCCAAGAAACGGUGAGUUCUUCCGUUGUAGAAGAGAAUGGGGAAGUUAAAGAGCUUCAUCCGUGCAAGUAUUGUAAAAAGGUGUUUGGGACUCACACUAACAUGAGGCGGCAUCAGCGUCGUGUCCACGAGCGGCAUCUGAUUCCCAAAGGCGUGAGGCGAAAAGGAGGCUUCCUCGAAGAGCCGCAGCCUCCCACUGAACAGGCCCAGCCCGCCCAGAAUGUCUACGUGCCAAGCACAGAGCCAGAGGAGGAAGGGGAGGCAGAUGACGUGUACAUCAUGGAUAUCUCCAGCAACAUCUCGGAAAAUUUAAACUACUACAUUGACGGCAAGAUCCAGGCCAGCAGUAGCACUAGUAACUGUGAUGUGAUUGAGAUGGAAUCCAACUCGGCGGACCUGUAUGGUAUAAACUGCCUGCUUACUCCGGUGACAGUGGAAAUCACUCAAAAUAUAAAGACCACACAGGUUCCUGUCGCAGACGAUCCUCCUAAAGAGGCUUCCAGCAGCUCCAGUAAUGAGUGCAAGAAACGGAGAACUGCUAGCCCUCCUGUGUUACCUCAGAUUAAGGUGGAAACGGAAUCUGACCCUGUCGUAUCCUCUUGUUCCCUAAGCCUCCCUCUUAGCAUAUCGACUACCGAGGUGGUGUCUUUCCAUAAAGAGAAAAGUGUGUACUUAUCAUCGAAACUCAAGCAGCUUCUUCAAACCCAAGAUAAGCUGACUCCACCUGCAGGGAUCUCCGCCCCUGAAAUGCCCAAGUUAGGUCCUGUGUGUGUGUCCGCGCCUGCAUCAAUGCUGCCUGCAGCCUCCAGCAGAUUUAAGCGGCGGACCAGCUCUCCACCUAGUUCUCCCCAGCACAGUCCCGCCCUUCGAGACUUUGGAAAGCAGAACGACAGUAAGGCCAUGUGGACUGACCCAGGGCUAUGUUCUAAAAAGCCCAAAUUAGAAAGCCAUAGCAACUCACCGGCAUGGAGUUUAUCUGGGCGAGACGAGAGAGAUACUGCGAGCCCACCAUGCUUUGACGAAUAUAAAGUGUCUAAAGAGUGGACAGCCCCUUCUGCCUUUAGCAAUGUGUGCAACCAGCAGCCCUUGGAUCUCUCCAGCGGUGUAAAGCAGAAGACCGACGGUACCGGCAAGACUCCAGUCCAGUGGGAAUCUGUGCUGGAUCUCAGCGUGCAUAAGAAGCCUUGUUGCGAGUCUGAGGGCAAGGACUUCAAAGAGAAUCAUUUGGUGCAACCAGCCUGCAGUGCCAUCAAGAAAAAGAAGCCCACUACCUGCAUGCUCCAGAAGGUUCUGCUUAAUGAGUACAAUGGCACUGAUUUACCUGUAGAAAAUACUCCAGAUACAGCCCGGAGCCCGAGUCCUUGUAGAGCCCUAGACCCCCAGCCAGAUCCUGAUGUCGGUCCUGACUCUGGCUUGUCUGCCCCUACUGCUGAGUGCCCCCCACCUGAUGCGUCUCCUUCGUCACCUGCCCUACAGACUGCUUCCCUUUCUUCCAGUCAGCUGCCUCCUCUCUUGACCCCGACCAAUCCCCCUUCCCCCCCGCCAUGUCCACCUGUGCUAACUGUGGCUACGCCGCCGCCUCCACUCCUGCCUACUGUCCCUCUGCCACCUGCCUCUUCCAGUGCGUCUCCUCGUCUGUGCCCCUCUCCACUCUCCAACGCUACCACACAGUCUCCGCUUCCAAUCCUCUCCCCCACAGUGUCUCCCUCCCCAUCUCCAAUCCCUUCCGUGGAGCCUCUCAUGUCUGCUGCUUCACCUGGACCACCGACACUUUGCUCAUCGUCUUCGUCUUCAUUCUCUUCCUCAUCUUCCUCCUCUUCCCCUUCACCACCACCUCUGUCAGCGGUAUCGUCUGUUGUUUCCUCUGGGGAUAACCUGGAAGCAUCUCUCCCUGUAAUCUCUUUCAAGCAGGAAGAACUAGAGAGUGAAAGUCUGAAGCUGAGGGAAGAAGCCCAGCCUGCAGUUGAGCAGGAUGACGUUCAGGAAACAUUCAACAAAAACUUUGUCUGCAACGUCUGUGAGUUGCCUUUCCUUUCCAUUAAAGAUCUAACCAAACACCUGUCGGUUCAUGCUGAAGAGUGGCCCUUCAAAUGUGAAUUCUGUGUCCAGCUUUUCAAAACUAAAACUGCAUUGUCAGAACAUCGCUUUUUGCUUCACGGAGUCGGGAAUAUCUUUGUGUGUUCAGUGUGUAAAAAAGAAUUUGCUUUUUUGUGCAAUUUGCAACAGCACCAGCGAGACCUCCACCCAGAUGAAGUUUGCACACACCAGGAGUUUGAAAGUGGCACCCUAAGACCCCAGAACUUUACAGAUCCCAGCAAGGCCCAGGUAGAGCAUCAGAUGCAAGGUUUGCCAGAAGAGAAUUCGGAAACAUCUAAAGAAGAAGAGGAGUUAAAUGAUUCCUCUGAAGAGCUUUACACAACCAUCAAAAUAAUGGCUUCUGGAAUAAAGACAAAAGAUCCAGAUGUUCGAUUGGGUCUCAAUCAACAUUACCCAAGCUUUAAACCACCCCCAUUUCAGUACCACCACCGGAAUCCUAUGGGUAUCGGGGUGACAGCCACAAACUUCACGACCCACAAUAUCCCACAGACCUUCACUACUGCCAUUCGCUGCACAAAGUGUGGGAAAGGUGUUGACAACAUGCCGGAGUUACACAAACACAUCCUGGCUUGUGCUUCUGCUAGCGACAAGAAGAGGUACACUCCUAAGAAAAACCCAGUACCCCUGAAACAAACUGUGCAGCCCAAAAAUGGUGUGGUGGUUUUAGAUAACCCUGGGAAGAAUGCCUUCAGACGAAUGGGACAGCCCAAGCGACUAAACUUCAGUGUAGAACUCAGCAAAAUGUCGUCGACUAAGCUCAAGUUAAAUGCACUGAAGAAAAAAAAUCAGCUUGUACAGAAAGCAAUCCUUCAAAAAAACAAAUCUGCCAAGCAGAAAGCUGACUUAAAAAAUGCUUCUGAGUCCUCCUCACAUAUCUGCCCUUACUGCAAUAGAGAGUUCACGUACAUCGGCAGCCUGAAUAAACACGCCGCUUUCAGCUGUCCCAAAAAACCCCUUUCUCCUCCCAAAAAAAAAGUGUCUCAUUCAUCCAAGAAAGGUGGACACUCAUCGCCCGCAAGUAGUGACAGGAGCAGCAGCAGCCACCGCCGACGGACCGCAGACGCCGAGAUCAAGAUGCAGAGUAUGCAGGCUCCUUUGGGUAAGACGAGAGCCCGCAGCUCAGGCCCUGCACAGGGCCCACUGCCUUCCUCGUCAUUCAGGUCCAAACAGAAUGUCAAGUUUGCAGCUUCGGUUAAAUCCAAAAAACCCAGUUCUUCACUAAGGAACUCGAGCCCAAUAAGAAUGGCCAAAAUAUCUCACGUUGAGGGAAAGAAGCCCAAAGCUGUGGCCAAGAACCAUUCUGCUCAGCUCUCAAGCAAGUCAACCAGGAACCUGCACCCGAAAAACAAAGCUGUCUUACAAAGCAAAUCCACCUUGGCCAGUAAGAAAAGAACAGACCGGUUCAAUGUAAAGUCUAGAGAACGGAGUGGGGGGCCAGUCACCCGAAGCCUACAGCUGGCAGCUGCUGCCAACUCCAAUGAGAACAGGAGGGAGGAUGGCAGUGGCAGGCAGGAGCUGAAGGAUUUCAGGAACUUCCUGUAGAAAAGCCCCCUCCCCCCAAACAAAACAAACCUUAAUUGACUAAAUACAGACCUUGCAUGCUCAACUUAGGAUAAGCACUACCUACCGCAAAGGAUACGAAAUCUACCAAGCUUGCAAGACCAGUCGAAGCUGACUCAAAGUCCUAACACACAGCUGAUUGCCGGCAGGCUUCUUGUUGUCCUGGUUAGAGUCAGGCAUCUGCUUCUUCGCUGGUGCCCAGCACACACGCUUACUGGGCCCCGGUGAGAUCCAAAGAGGAGGGCGCUGUGAGAUGGGCUGGCUGAGCCGGCUCCUCGUCACGUGACUGGUAACUCAGAUCUUGAGUGUGGCCUUUGCUUUGGCACAUAACAGAAAAAGGAAUGAUUUCAACUUAACCUUGCAAAGCAAGUUCUCUGUUUUAUCAGUAGUUUGUUAUAGACUGCAGGGAAGACAAAUUUGAUGCACUCAUUUUAAAAUGGUCACACACCAGCUCUUGAUGCCUUUUUUUUUUUUUUUUUUUUGAAUGAGCUGGUGACACAGAGAGGCAUUUAGCUUCUCUCUUAAGCCUUUUUUUUUUUUUUUUUAAUCACAAGUAGAUUGCCAGCAUAAUUGAGAGGAAACCAGAUUGGAUAUGUACUUUGUUUUUUUUAUGCCUCUUCCAGUGUCAUGUUCAUAGAUCCAGGUGGACAUUAUCCUCUCAGAUCACUGUCUGGCACUAAUUCAUAACUAUUAUAUUACCGGAAACUGUGUAGCAAUAUAUUAGUGCCCCAGAUACAUCACAGACCUGUAUAGAUGUACAUCUAUAUGUAAGUAUAAAUAAAUUGACAUACCAGGUUUUACACUUGCGUCUCUAAUAGAGAUUAAAAAGUUGACAAAUUGACCUCUUCCUGAUUAUAGAUAAAAAUGAUCAUUUCUUCAUGCAUUACAUGCCUUCCCCUUAAGGACUCUGAGUUGGUGGGCAAUGACUAGGUUUUAUCCAUGCGCUUUUCCUUUUUGUUCUCAACUUUAAAAGUAAUCUACCUCUUAAAAUUUGUAGUUUAAUAUCUGUUUGGUGAAUUUGUGCCACUUUAAAAGCCUUCACUAUCAUUCCCAUUUUGUUACGUUUCUGUAUGGGGACUUUGUUGGAAUAUUGUAUAAAGCAUUUGUAGCAGUUUAAAAAUAAAAUAUUUAAAAUUAUUUAAAUUGUUUUAGAUGCUUCAAUUGUAUUAUAUGUGAUUUGCAUCUUACAUUUUUUUGUUUGAGUUGUUAAUCUGGAGAGUGUUCUUAUAUUGAAGUUUGCUGUUAGUUAUUUUCUUGUUUUCUUGUUGGAGAGUGAUAUAAAAGACUAUUCUAAUGAAAACAUUAAAAUUUACAAUUUGACAUACAAAAGGGUUGUCCAUUGAUUUUUAACCAAUGUAGCCUUGAGAGAGGUUAAUUAUAGAUAGACACUUGCAGAGUGGUGUUUGUUAUUUUUUUCCCUUCCAGCAUGAAUCAUUUGAGCUUGUCAGAUGUAUAAAAAAAGUUUUUUUAAAUGCUGUUGCCAGCAAGCUCUUAAUAACAAGGGGAACUUCAAAUGAUACGUUUUAUACAAUUGUAACCAAUAAAAGAACUUUCUAAACCCUUGUGAAA